CAGAUCUCAUUAUGCAUCAGAAAAAUGAGAAAACAGAGGAAAAUUCUAUGGAGGAAAGGAAUCCACUUAGCCUUUUCUGAGAAAUGGAAUACUGGGUUUGGAGGCUUUAAGAAAUUCUACUUUCAUCAACACUUGUGCAUUCUGAAAGCUAAGCUGGGAAGGCCAGUUACUUGGAGCAGACAAUUGAGAUAUUUCCAGUGCAGAAAGAAGGCUCAAGUCCAGAAAACGUGGAUCCAGGAUGAAUCCCUUUUAGCUAAGACCAAGUCAAAUGUGGCUGCUCAAAGUGUCAGUACUCUUUCCUCUAAAGUGAACAGAAAGGGCGCUAAACAAUUCAUUUCUUCCUCAAGGACCCUCCUGGAGCUCCAAUCUGAAAAGUUGCUGUCAUUAGCAAAGAACUCUGACCAUGAGUACAGUGGAGAGAAAAGUCUUUUAAAGGCAGUUGCUGACUUUCCAGCCAGUGGUGUUUUAGGUCAGGCCAGUGGGCACAGACCUAGGACUGAUUCACACGCUUCUGACUUUCCCAUGAAGUUCAAUGAGGAGAGCCAAAGUCCAGGUGAGAGUGGCACAAUUGUGGUCACCUUGAGCAAUCAUAGGAGAAAGCGCUUUUGUUAUGGCUGCUGUCAAGGGCUGGAGCACUGUGGAAAUGGGGGACCUCUGAUUCCAAAAAAGUUCCAACUUACCCAGCAUAGAAGAAUAAAAGUAUCUCCUCUUAUGAUGUAUGAGAAAUCAUCCAUGAUUAGAUUUCGGUACAGAAUUCUCAGAUCCCAGCACUUAAGAACAAAAAGCAAAGUUUGUAAACAAAAAAAAUCCCAGCGUAGCUGGGUACAGAAAGUCACUGGGGACUAUCAAGAGACCUGUAGGGAGAACUGUGAGGGUGGCAGCUGCAGCCCAUUUUCUUCUUCAGAACCUAACGACUCUGCUUGUCGGCAUCAGCCAUACUUCCCAGAUAUGGACAGCGAUGCUGAGGUGAUAGAAAAGAACUCUCAUACAUCUGAUGGCCACACUAGAGGAAGUCCUUUCUUUGGCAAGGAGCUUAGUUUAGGGGAAGCAGUCCCUGACCAACAGAAUGGCAGUGCUGUAUACACCUGGGACCAGACAGCUUCUUCCUCUCCUAAGUGGGACAUCCCUUUACCAGAACAUCACUCUAGUAGCAUGUUCAUCUCAGAAACGGAAAGAGAAAUUGUGACUCUGGACCAGGAUGGUCGGACAAGUCAUGUCAGUGACAACAGAGUAAAACUGUCAGUGUCCGGGUUAGAUAAGGCUGUGUCUGAAGAGACUAUGCAAAGUGAGAGCUCAUGCCAGAUGGAGGAGGAGGGCUCUCUCAAGCAGAACAUUCUUAGUUCUAAAUUGCUGGACCACCCUUACUGUAAAAGUCCACUGGAGGCUCCUCUGAUGUGUAGUGGACUCAAACUAGAAAACCAAGUGGGAGGUGGGAAGAACAGUCAAAAAGCAUCUCCAGUGGAUGAUGAACAGCUGUCAGUCUGCCUUUCUGGAUUCUUAGAUGAGGUUAUGAAGAAGUAUGGCAGUUUGGUCCCACUCAGUGAAAAAGAUGUCCUUGGACGACUUAAAGAUGUCUUUAAUGAAGAUUUUUCUAAUAGAAAACCAUUUAUCAAUAGAGAAAUAACAAACUAUCGAGCCAGACAUCAAAAAUGCAACUUCCGCAUUUUUUACAACAAGCACAUGCUGGACAUGGAUGAUCUGGUGACCCUGGAUGGUCAGAAUUGGCUCAAUGACCAGGUCAUUAAUAUGUACGGUGAGCUGAUAAUGGAUGCAGUCCCAGACAAAGUUCAUUUCUUCAACAGCUUUUUUCAUAGACAGCUGGUAACCAAAGGAUACAAUGGAGUAAAAAGGUGGACUAAAAAGGUGGAUUUGUUUAAAAAGAGUCUUCUGUUGAUUCCGAUUCACCUGGAAGUCCAUUGGUCCCUCAUUACUGUGACACUGUCUAAUCGAAUUAUAUCAUUUUAUGAUUCCCAAGGCAUUCAUUUUAAGUUUUGUGUAGAGAAUAUAAGAAAGUAUUUGCUGACUGAAGCCAGAGAAAAAAAUAGACCGGAAUUUCUUCAGGGUUGGCAGACUGCUGUUACAAAGUGUAUUCCACAACAAAAAAAUGACAGUGACUGUGGGGUUUUUGUGCUCCAGUACUGCAAGUGCCUCGCCUUAGAGCAGCCUUUCCAGUUUUCACAAGAAGACAUGCCCCGCGUACGGAAGAGGAUUUACAAGGAGCUGUGUGAGUGCCGGCUCAUGGACUGAGACUCAGCAGGAACUCUUGGGAAGUCUGACCAAGUUGGAGCAGAUGGUUUGUUACUUGAAUCUCCAAACACUUAUUUGAAUUUUUACAGUUAUUCAGAUCAGUGGCAUUGGACCACUAUUGUUACCUCAAAUUUAUUUUUGCCCUUAUUCUUUUCUCCAGCUACCAUGUACUCUUUUUAAUGUUCAGUUUGGUUUCA